AUGUCUUGGCGUGAACUCCUUCCCCCCUGGCUGGUGAUCCUCGCGGGACUGACGGGCAUCGUGCUCCUUUGCGUCUCCACCAAAGAUGUGCCCAUCACGCCUCUCAGGACCAAGUAUGGCAUUGUUCUGGAUGCUGGCCCAUCCCGCACCAUCCUGUUCAUCUACCAGUGGACCACCAGCAAGGGAAACAAGACCGGGGUGAUCAGGGAAUGCAGCUCCUGUCCUGUGCAAGGUCUGGGAGUCUCCAGAUACUCAGAUUCUCCUCAGAGCAUAGGGAAGAGCUUGGAGCCAUGUUUGAACUGGGCCCAGAAAGAGAUCCCAGCAGAGGAGCACAGCCAGACCCCGCUCUACUUGGGAGCAACCACCAGCACCAGACAGACAAACCUCACCCAUCCCACCCUCUCUGACAGCCUCCUUGCAGCCCUGACUGUGGCCCUGAAGUCAUCCCCCUUUGACUUCCAGGGGGCACAAAUCCUGUCCAGUCCAGACAAGGAAGUAUUCAAUUGGGUUGCUGUUAAUUAUGUCCUGGAGAACUUCUUCAAGUACGACUGGCGAGGACAGUUGGUCCCCUCUGGGAAGGGGAUGGCAGGAGUCCUGACUGUGGGAGGAACCUCAGCACAGCUCACUUCCAAGGUGGAAGAGAAGCAGGCACCAGAAGAGGGAGUGAGGCUGCAGCUGUACGGGCAGAUGCACAACGUGUACACGCGGCACUGCCCCUGCCACGGCACCGACCAGCUCCGCAGCAGGCUGCUCUCCAUCCUCAUCCAAGAGCAGAGAAGUGCUAAAACUGUGUCUAAUCCCUGCUGGCCCCUCACCUACUCCCGGGAAGUGCCGUGGCAAUCAGUGCAUGCGGGGCCUUGUGCUGUCAGUGAUGACACACGGGACAUCCCUGGUCCUGAGGAGGUCUUCAAUGUCACCGGCUCCAGCAAUCCCGCUGCCUGCAUGAGACUCGUGCAAAGCCUGCUCAACUCUUCCUCUUCCUGCAGCUUCUUCCAGCGUUCCCCCAGCAGUGGUUUCCAGCCCCUCCGGACCAGGUUUCUGGUGAUUUCUGAGGCCAUGGACUUCAUGAGAGAAAGCACACCCUCUCCUGACUUGGGGCAGGCAGUCAACAGGCUGUGUGGAAUGUCCGUCAGAGAGCUGGUCAAGGAGUCCCAAACAAGCCUGGAUACACUUGCUGAUUACUGCCUUGUGUCUGCCUUCAUCUUUCAUCUCAGUACAAAGGGAUACACGUUUGACUUGGAUGGGUCUGUACGGACUGCAUUCCAGAAGAUGGGUGACACAUCAUCUGGCUGGACACUUGGGUACCUGCUGAGUCUGACCAACUCCAUGCCCCAGGACAGCCCGAGCUUCCUCAAGGGGAUCGAACCAGGGGUCUGGUCUUUGCUCCUCAUCCUCUUUGUCACGCUGCUCACGGGCUCCUUCAUGCGCAUCUCGUACCGAGUGAUGGUCAAGGAGAACAGCUUCAGUAACAGGAACAGCAGUGUUUUUGAUGACAACUGA